AUGGCGAACGCUGCAAUUGAGAAAGUCACCCCCGCGGUGACUGGCAAGAAGGAGGCGAAGGACAAGCUCGCGCCCGUCCCCAAGCCGAACGAAAAAGAGUACAAGGGCCGCAUCGAUGCCGAAACGAAGGCCAUCGAUGAAAUCAAGGCCAAAAUCAACGAAUUGCAGCAGCGCAUCACGAGCAUGAUCGGCGGCCGGGAUGAGUACAACCGGAAGAAGCAGGAGAUGCGCGCGCGGCUGGACGAGCUGCAGGUCCAGAUGGACAAAUACGAGGGCGAGAGAAAGAAGCUCAUUGAGGCGAUUGACUCGCGCCAGAAAGAGGGCCUCGAAAUGAAGCAGAGCGUCCAGGACAUGAGGCGCAAGCUCGGCUUCUCGACGACAGAAGAGAUCGACCGUCGCAUCGCGGCUCUGGAGCACUCAAUGAUGACGAGCACGCUCACGCUGAAGGAGGAGAAGAAGCUCUUGGACCAAAUCAAGCAGCUGAAGCACAACCGACCGCUGGUCGGCAAGUUCGCGGGGCUCGAGGCCGGCGCGAGCUCCUUCGAGGAAACCUCCGUGGUUCCCCUGCGCGCGAUGCUGGAUGAGGCGCGGACGAAGCUUUUGGAGUUGCGGGCGAUGAAGCGCGAAGAGCAAGAGAAAUACUUUACACUCGUCAAGCAGCGCCAGGAGGCUACGGCCCCGGGUCGCGAGCUGAUCGAGGAGCGAGACAAGCUUUCCAAGCAGAUGACUGAGCACAUGAUGAAGCGCCGCGAGAUACAGGACGAGUACAAGAAGGAGAACUGGAAGUACCAGGCGUACCUUGCUCAGCAGCGCCAGGAAAGGAACGAGAAGAUGAAGGAGGAGCGUAUGCGCCGCCAAGUCGAGCAGGAGCGCGCGAACCUGGAGCGUCAGCUCGAGAUGGUUGACGAGGAGCCAGUCGACGGCGAGAUCGUCCUGCUCACCCAGACCAUCGCCUACGUGCAGAAGAUCAUCGAUGAUCACAAGCAGCAGACGCAGGAAGACUCCACCGCCAAGCAAGAGAAGAGCGUCGUCGAGGCGCCGAAGGGCGACGGCGUGGCGCUCUUGCCAAAGAAUCAGCGAGAGGAGGAGUACUUCUUCGCUCCGAAGGCGAUGAAGAAGAAGAAUGACGGCGGCAUCAAGAAGACCAAGCCCAAGAGCAUCAAACACGAUAUCGGCACGCUGCUGUACUUCGAGCAGUGCGGAGUGGCUGCGCCAGUCUUCGAAGCGGACCUCGAGCCAUGCAUGAAGCUGCUGGAGGAGAAGCUCGACGCGGCGAAGGCGUUGCAGGCGACGAAGGCCGCCCGCGUGGAGGCGCGCCGGCAAGAGAUCCAGAAGGAGCUGGAUGCUAUUGACGCGCGCGCCAACGCGGGCCUCAACGGCGCCGAGAAGCGCGAGGAGGGCGAGGAUGAGGCGAACGGCGAAGAGGAGGAGGCUGAGUAA